AUACAUUCUAUGCACAGACACCUUGCUUGAAUAGCAAACCUUUUCUGUUAGGGACUAAGGUGUCAUAAGGGUGAUUCCAACCACAAGUCCCUCUGUCAUCGUAGCAAACGAUUGAGACUAGUACUAAAUUUUCAGGCUGUAAUUUAUUGCUAAGGUGAUCUGCAGAUAGAUCGCUACCGAUUUUCCAUUGUUCCGCAGGUUCCUUAUGCCUGCACUUGUGCUAGCGAAAUGGCUAUCGGUCAUCGCCGUAGUCUUCACGUUGACCAGUGGAGAUGUGGUUUCGGCCGAGGAAGUAUUUACCAACGCUUUUCUCGUCGAAUUGACUGAUGGACACGGAAAUGAAGUCGCCAACGAAGUCGCCAAGAGGAACGGAUUUACAAAUAUUGGACCUGUAUUAGGCUCUAAACAGUUCUUUCACUUUGUUCAUCGGGCUAUGCCUCAUGUCCGACGUAAGAGAAGCAUACCUCACACCAGAAAACUGAAAUCUGAUCCUUUGGUUGCAAGAGCUUACCAGCAAACUGGAUUUAAACGAGAAAAAAGAGGUUACAAACCUCUUCGCCUCCAAGAAGAGCGCACUCCUUUGCUUUCUGAACCCACCGAUCCCUAUUUUCCUUAUCAAUGGUACUUGAAAAACGUUGGACAAAAUGGCGGUAAGCCCAAAUUGGAUCUCAAUGUUGAAGCUGCCUGGGCACAAGGGUAUACUGGAAGGAAUAUUACGACAGCCAUCAUGGAUGACGGUGUGGACUAUAUGCAUCCUGAUUUAAGAGAAAAUUAUAACGCAAAGGCUAGUUAUGAUUUCAGCAGCAAUGAUCCUUAUCCAUAUCCAAGAUACACAGAUGAUUGGUUCAACAGUCAUGGAACUAGAUGUGCUGGAGAAGUUGCUGCAAAGCGUGAUAAUGGGAUUUGUGGAGUUGGUGUGGCUUAUGAAUCUAAAGUUGCAGGUAUCCGAAUGCUUGAUCAGCCAUAUAUGACAGAUUUAAUCGAAGCUAAUUCUAUGGGUCAUGAGCCACACCUUAUUGACAUUUAUAGUGCUAGUUGGGGACCUACAGAUGAUGGUAAAACUGUUGAUGGACCUCGAAAUGCCACAAUGCGUGCAAUUGUGCAAGGUGUAAAUGAGGGUCGACGUGGUUUGGGGAAUAUAUAUGUUUGGGCAUCUGGAGACGGUGGAGCUGAUGAUGAUUGCAAUUGUGAUGGCUAUGCUGCAAGCAUGUGGACCAUUUCUAUUAACUCUGCUAUUAAUAAUGGUGAAAAUGCACACUAUGAUGAAUCUUGUUCAUCUACUCUAGCAUCUACAUUUAGCAAUGGAGCUAAAGACCCUCAUACUGGAGUUGCUACUACUGAUUUGUAUGGUAAAUGUACCAAAACUCAUUCGGGAACAUCAGCUGCAGCACCAGAAGCUGCUGGAGUAUUUGCUUUAGCACUUGAUGCAAACCCUACCCUAACCUGGAGAGAUGUUCAGCAUCUGACUGUGCUAACUUCCAAGAGAAAUUCCUUGUAUGAUAGCAAAGGCAGAUUUCACUGGAACAUGAAUGGAGUUGGUCUUGAAUUCAACCACUUAUUUGGAUUUGGUGUUCUGGAUGCUGGAGCAAUGGUCGCAUUAGCCAAAAUUUGGAAAACUGUUCCAGCUAGAUAUCACUGUGAAGCUGGAGCAAUAAAAACACCUCACAAAAUCUUGAACAAUGCUAGCACUCAAAUAUAUAUUGACACUGAUGCUUGCGCUGGAAAAGAAACAGAAGUAAAUUACUUGGAGCAUGUUCAAGCCAUUAUAACUCUAAAUUCCACACGACGUGGAGAUGUUACAUUAUUUUUAAUAUCACCAAUGGGAACAAGGUCAAUGAUCCUAAAUAAACGACCAAAUGAUGAUGACCAGUAUGAUGGUUUCACAAAAUGGCCAUUUAUGACAACACAUACUUGGGGUGAAGGACCUAGAGGAAGGUGGACACUAGAAGUCAGGUUUGAUGGCCAACUUCAACAGACAGGCUUUAUAAGGGAGUGGACAUUAAUGGUACAUGGGACUCGAGAAGCACCAUAUAGAGAUUUACCAGUUGAAGAUGAUAAUUCUAAACUUGCCAUUGUAAAAAAGGCUCAUGAAGUUGGUUACAAAAUAUAAAAUGAUUCCUCCUAGACUAAUGUUGCCAGGUUUUUUAAUAUUGUUUACACAUACAAAUAAUUAUUUUGAAUUUAAAUAUUUCAUCCAUUUCUCAAAAAAAAAAUUUAAGUAUAGAAUAUAAAUAGGUUAAAAUUAUUUAUUUCAUAAGGAGUGUUACUGUUUUAUCUACCUUCAAUUGUUAUUAAGCAGUUUCAAGUUUGUAAACUUAUUUUAAUAAUUAAAAUUAUUUAAUAACAUUCUUUAUUCUAUGAUUAUGCCUUAUAAUAACAAGUUUAUAUAUAGUAAAAUUAUUUAAUUUAAAAUUGCUGUUUAUGUUACAUUUAACCUUUUGAAGAAUGCAUUACCCAAUCAUUUAUAUUUACUUAAAUCAAAACGUUUUGUGGAAUUCUUAAAAUAAAAAUCAAAAAUACUAUGUUUGUAGAUUUUUUAAGUUAUAUCAAAUCCUAAUACUGUAUUUAAAAGGAUUAUGAAGAAAUUGAAACUGUUUCAUCAUUAGUUCAAUUGUCAUUUCACAUUCUCUUUUCUAAUGCAACAUAUAUUGUUUUGAAAUAAACUGUAGGUCUUGUUAUAAAAAUGAAUUUUUUAAAACUAGAUGAAAAUUAUCAAUUAAAAUUAAAUGGGGUUGCAUCGUGAGUAUUUAAGUAGAUAAUUGAAAUUGUGAUGACUUAAAUACUUGUAAAAAAGAAAAAAAAUUCUUUCUGUAAAUGUAAAAAGAAAAUUGAAGAAAUAUUUCUGUAAGCAUUUUUACCCAAAUAUGUGAAUGAAUCACCCAAAUAUGAAAAAAGUCACAUAUUUAUUAAGAAAUAUUUGUGUGAUUUAGUUAGAUACUCAAACCUGGCAACUUUAGUAUUUAUUUUCAUUGGACCAGUAAAUAAUUUUUUUGAAAAACUGUUGAUGCCUCGAUCAUUUUUAUGUUGCUAAUACUUUGCUUACAAGUUUAUUUUAAAGAGAGUAACUUAACAAUUUGCAUUACAGCCAUUAUGAAAACAAAUAUAAAAAAAUAUGUAUAAAUUAUUAAUUACAGUUUUUGACCAAAACAUGCAAAUUAUUAAAUAAUUUUCUGAUAAACUGACAAAUUAUUUUUUAUAAUUUAUUGAGAAUCUGAAUAUUUUGUAAAGUUUUGCUAGUAUUUAAUAAAGUAGAACUCUUCUUCUCUCUUGCCAUAUAGGUUAACACCAUUCAUUGACUUGUGGGUUUUGAGACUGAUAUUUUUUUUUUCCUUUAUAUUUUACACACUAUUGAAGUUAUUUUCAUUUUGUGAUAAAAUUUUAAUCAGUAUAAUUUGAAACAGUUAUGAUACCGACACAAUUUUAUGCAUUUCUAAAAAUUGUUUUGCAAUUUUUUUUUAAAAUUAUUUUAAACAUUUAUUUAUAUGUUUGAAAUGAACUUAAAUAAAUGCUUAGCUGCACUAUAAUUUUACUUUAAGAAAAAAAAUUAUUAACAAUCACUUUAAACCGUGAUCUGUUUCGGUUUAUGCAAAUAAACUUUAUUAUUUUAGUCUUUUAGUGAAUUUUGAAAUAUUAAUCUUGUAAAAAUUCGUUGUGGUUAUAAAAUGCUAGUAUCAAUUUCCAACUUGAUUUUAAAAAUAAGAAAGGUUUGAUAAUUUAUGUGUAGUUAAAAUAUUCUUACUUGUCUAUUUAUUUAUAUUUCUACAAUAAAAUGCAUAGAUAUAGACCCUUUUUCCUGUUAAGUAGAUUAAAAAUGAAGUGUUUAUUUUUGACAUAGAAAUUCAUUCAUAUUGACCUUUGGCAAAAAUAUUUUAAUUAGUUCUCCUGUAAUUAGAUUCUAUGCGUGUAAUAUUUUAGAUUUGUUUUAUAUUAAUUUAUAAAGCUCAGCAAUAUAUGCUUUUCCUAUGAAUAAUUGUUCCUAUUUAAAUAAGUAAUUCAGUAUAAGAACACUGACUGUAAAAUUUUCAUAGCUAUUGAAAUGUUCAUUGAAUUUUACUUUUAUUAUUUAGUGUUUCUCAGUGACUUCUUUUAAUUUGUAAAAUAUAUGUUACUUAAAUUUAUGAUUGAUCAUAAUAUUUUUUCUCUCUACUCCUCCAAUUCAAAAUAAUAAUUGUUUGUAUUUAAACUUUUAAUAUAUAUUAUGUAUUUUGUUGACAUUAUUAUUAUUAUUUUAAAUGUGUAACUAUUGAGUUGGAAUAUAGUUACUAAUAUAAUUUUUAACCCUUUCAUUUACUAAAACAUUUCAUUCAAUCCAUUAAUAUUAGAAUUACAAACUAGUCUAUCAUUUUUUCUUUCUUUUUUCACCUUGGUUACUCGUUUUACUAUGAAAAUUUUACAUAACUCAUGCAAUUUAAAUUUUUUUCUUAUGACAGAAUACUGUAAAAUAAAAACUUUUAAAUUAACUACUUUAGAAAAAAAAACGAAAUUUAAAUUGUAAGAAAUUGCAUAUUAUUUGCUGAGGGUUAGUUGUCCAUCACUUUCUUCACUUAUAUUCUGAAAUUAGUUUUAGGCUAAAGUUAAAGGAUACUUGAAUAUUAAAGUUUUUGUCAAAAGUUUAUGAAUGUGACAUAUCAGAAAAGAUGGAUUUGUUAAUUCAGAAUGAAGUUAUGUAUAUUUGUCACAUGCAAAGUUUUAUUCAUCUGUUUAUGUUUUAGAUAUUGUUUCAAUUUAAAAGAAAAUAUUUUUUAAUAAAAAUUAUAUGCUUUUAAUAGAAAUUUUUUCACACAUAAGUUCUGAUUUGAGGUCUUUUUUUAAAUUUAGUAGUUAUUAAAUUAACUUCUUAAUUUAAGGGGUUUUUUCGGCCUAAUUAGUUACAUUUAAGG